AUGUGGUCAACAACACGAUCCUCUCCUCUUAGGAUUAAAGGUGUCAGUCCCAAAGUGAUGAAGGUGAUCCAGAUGUUGAGGCUGAGGAAGAUCUUCAGCGGCGCCUUCGUCAAAAUCAACAAGACCUCCGUGGCCAUGAUGAAGAUGGUGGAGCCUUACGUGGCCUGGGGAUUUCCCAAUUUGAAGUCUGUUCGUGAGCUCAUUCUGAAGAGAGGACAGACCAGAGUCGGCAGGAGGAAAGUUCCUCUCACAGACAACACUUUCAUCGAGCAGCACAUGGGUAAACACGGCAUCAUCUGUUUGGAGGACCUGAUCCACGAGAUCUACUCUGUUGGUAAGGGCUUCCGGGCGGCCAACAACUUCCUGUUGCCUUUCAAGCUGUCGGUGGCUCGCCACGCUGCCAGGGACAAGGCCGGGCUCCUGAAGGACCUGGGAAAUCCCGGAUUUCGAGACACAGACAUUAACUCUAUCAUCAGACAACUGAACUGAGGAGGAACACGUGCAAGAUGGACACUUGGCAGCAUCUGUAAGGAUGCUUUAUUUAAGGAGCAAAUGCCAACAACAAAAUAUAAAUGGUUUUGUGUCUUUGGUGGAAAAGCUGAUGGCUUUCAGUCAUAUUUAACAUAAAUUUAUCUGAACACGUUUGUCUGGUUACAAGUUAGGAGACAUCAGAAGGACCGAAAGGAGAGUCUCUUUGACUUGAGUUUGAAUAAUCUCACGUGGUGCUCCUGAGUACGGACUAACGGAAGCAGUUUUGCUCUUUGGUGAAAGUGUAACAAUAUUUUGUAUCACUUGAAAUUUAAAAUACAUUUUGUUAAAGGUUCUUAGUUGCUACACGCUAUAUUCCUCCUUUAUAUUCCUCAUGUUGUCAGAGGAAUGGAUCAGUCCUGGCUGCAUACAGUAGGAGAGACUUAUUGAAUUGACUCAUCUGGAUGAGCUGUCCUGCGUGCAGGAGCCUCCAGCAAAAACUACAGUGAAUUAAUGUACUACAUUUAGUAGUUUUCAGUAUGAAAAAAACAGUUUAAUGUUGAUUUAUGAUUUUGUGUUAAUAC